GGGAACGCGAUCUUAAAAGUUAUUUGCUCCAUUUGCUCAGUGUUUCACUUCCCGGAAUUAGCGUCAGGACCGCAGCUUUAUUUUGCUCUAACUGUAUGUAAAUGCAGUGUCGCUCAUGAAGGAAAAGUAGUGCAAUGAGAUGCCGGAGCGUUUCGCCCUACCGUCCGCUCAUAGUGAGUUUCGUCCUUCAGAGAAACAUUAGUCAGCAAGAUGCCGUCACCACAAGUUCUCCAACCGGUUCUCAAAGUAAAGGUUGACGAGCUGUUUCUCAACUGGCUGAGUGAUCCUGGAACGCAGUCGGUCCUCAAGGAUUUUCUAGACUUAAUUAAAAGUGGCGAGUAUAACGGCUUGGGUAGUGGAAAUGCACAGGACAAAAAGUCGUUGAGCUUCAACGAGAACAACAACGUAGCAUCACAGAAGAACCUUUCAGAGAAAAAGCCCCUGGGUACCAAUUCAAGCCCUGCACCCAACAGCACCCUGCCCUCUCGCAGCAGCAGCAAUGCACGGGUGACAGGACCCAAUGGGAGAGUACUGCGGAGGUCUGUCAGCACGAAGAAGGCCCAGGUGAGGACGGAGGAGCCGGUUACCACUGCACUGAGUGAAAACAUUCCCAAGUUUUACUUCCCACAGGGCCGGCCGCAAGCCAACCUCAACAUCGACAGCCUCAUUUCCAAAAUUGAGAAAAUAUUUUCACAAUUCCCAAAUGAAAGGGCCACCAUUGAAGACAUGGGGCUAGUCGCCAAGGCCUGUGAGUGUCCCCUCUACUGGAAAAUGCCAUUGUUCUACUCAGCUGGAGGCGACAGGACGGGUUUUGUCUCGGUACACAAGUUUGUGGCUAUGUGGAGAAAAACGCUGCAGACCUGUCACGAUGAUGCUUCUAAAUUUGUGCACCUCUUGGCCAAGCCUGGCUGUAAUUACCUGGAACAAGACGACUUUAUUCCAUUCCUGCAGGAUGUAGUGAACUCGCAUGCAGGCUUGGCCUUUCUAAAAGAAGCACCGGACUUUCACUCGCGAUAUAUCACCACGGUAAUUCAGAGGAUAUUUUACAAUGUGAACCGGUCAUGGACUGGAAAAAUAACCUUUUCUGAGCUCAAGAAAAGUAAUUUUCUUCAGAAUGUGGCGCUGCUGGAGCAGGAGGAAGAUGUGAACCAGCUGACAGAAUACUUCUCCUAUGAGCAUUUUUAUGUGAUCUACUGCAAGUUUUGGGAGCUGGACUCUGAUCAUGACCUCUACAUUGACCAGAAAGACCUGGUGCGGCACAAUGACCAAGCCAUUUCCCAGAAAUUGAUUGAAAGGAUAUUCUCAGGAACAGUUACAAGGGACAGACGGGUGUAUAAGGAGGGAAGGCUAAGCUACGCUGAUUUUGUUUGGUUCCUCAUUUCUGAGGAAGACAAGAAGACUGACACCAGCAUAGAGUACUGGUUCCGCUGUAUGGACCUGGACGGGGACGGGGUGCUCAGCAUGUAUGAGCUGGAGUACUUCUACGACGAUCAGUGUCAGAAACUGGAGGCGAUGGCCAUCGAGCCCCUUCCGUUCGAGGACUGCCUCUGCCAAAUGCUCGACCUCGUCAAACCCGAGGUGGAAGAUAAGAUAACCCUGCGGGAUCUCAAGAGGUGCAAGUUGGCCCAUAUCUUCUUUGACACUUUCUUCAACAUCGAGAAGUACCUGAACCACGAGCAACGGGACCCUUUCUCUGUCAUAAGGGAGACUGAGACGGACGGCCAAGAGGUCUCAGACUGGGAGAAGUACGCAGCAGAGGAGUACGACAUACUGGUGGCAGAGGAGGCUGAAAAUAAUCACUGCAACGAUGUGUACGAUAAUCCCUUGAGCCCGUUGGGGCAGCACAUCUCCAGCGAGCUGGGUCUGACGAAGAGACACUUCUUUGAGAUCCCCACGCCACACUGCAACCUGGACAUGGACGAAUACGAGUACGAAGACGACUUCGAAUGACCCCAACCUCCCGACCUCCCACCCCUCCUCUUCCGUAUAUACAGUCAACGUGACGUGGUUAUGAAAACAGCGUAACGCGAAAAAAAAUAAAUAAAUCAACAGACGCAAGACUCAAAAACCAGAAGACGCCUUAGACAUCUCGAAGUCCCGCACGUCCAACGAACGAAUGGUUAAAAAGUGUGUGGCGCUGCAAGGUUUCCAGCACUCAGAGAGGCAAUUUUAUAUUUUCAUGUGUUCCACUUUAAAAAAAAAAAAAAUCACCAGAGAUGACUUAAUAAUGUUGAAAGCUGUAGGUCUUUUUUAUUUUUAUUUUUUUCUUUCGCUAUUGUUCCCUCCUCAUGUUAAGAAGCCUUUACCGUCACGGAUCAUUCAGGGAACGUCCUGCUGCACAAAAACAUCAGAGUUGCCAAACGGCAUUAGUUCUACACCAGAUCUCCCUGAAUAGUUUUAAGAGACCUUAUCGAUUUCAUUCAGGGAUCAGAUUUAUUGGCUAAUGUUACAUUCCAGUGAUCAUAUCAAAGGGGUUUUCGACGAGGCUGUAGAUGCUUAAAGGGUCUGUUGCUGUAAACUCCUAACGAGCCACAGUCUAAGCCUUCUGCUCGCCGUUCACAUGACCACACGCAAACCGCAUACUGAACGUGUCUGCAUUCAUUAGGACUUUAACGUAGAGCUGGGUUUCUAAAUUAUUUGAGAUGAAUUGAUGAAGUACUGUACAUAUUUAUUAUGAGUUUGCCGUGUUGUAAAUGAUGUGGAGUUUUAGACAUUUUUCUAUGGUACAGAGUACUUUGCGUGAAUGUGCUUCGAGAGAAAAUAAAGGAAGAUUUGGUUGUUUUUUUUUUUUUUUCUUUGAUUAAUAAUGAAGCUUUAGUUCCAACAGUAAAGGAAUAGUGCUGGUUUUUAUACUAUAUGACUAAUUUCGUCUGAAAAGAAUGUAGGACAUUCUCAGAAUGUAUGGUUUUCUUGUUUUUGUUUAGUUGUUUUUUUCCAGUUGCCCAUGUUGCUCUGUCACCGUUUUACUUCUGCUGUGCACUCACACCUGCAUAAAUGUUCCGAUGCCAAAAACAUAA